UCUAUGCUGAACUCAUUUCCAAAACCCUUCCACUGAACUCUCCCUGUGAAAUUCCAGCUGACAUACCAACAAAUCUUCGAAGCUCUAAUCUUCCUUUCUCUUUCCGAUCAUGCGUACGUUAGCGGCGAGGUUAAGUACGCAUAUUUUCAGAAGCAAGGCAGUGAAUUUUCAACCCCAGAAGAAAUUUUCUACAUCUAGCUACGGAAGAGAUGAAAGAUCCAUAGAAGAAGAGGCUGAAAGGAAAAUAGGGUGGCUGUUGAAACUGAUUUUCGCUGGGACUGCAACAGUUGUUGCUUAUCAGUUUUUCCCGUACAUGGGAGACAAUCUGUUGAAGCAGUCUGUGACACUUUUACAAGUCAAGGACCCCUUGUUCAAAAGAAUGGGAGCAUCCAGAUUGGCUCGUUUUGCCAUUGAUGAUGAAAGACGGAUGAAAAUUAUUGAAAUGGGUGGAGCUCAAGAACUUUUGAGGAUGUUGGAGGCUGCUAAAGAUGACCGCACAAGGAAGGAAGCUUUAAAGGCUCUUUUUGCUAUCUCAAAAUCAGAUGAAGCUGCUGCGGUCUUGCAAGUCGUUGGAGCGAUAUCAGCUAUCAAGUCCACCCCUGGUUCCCUCGAGGAUGCUGAAGUUGAGAAAUACAAGUCAAAUUUGUUGAAUAGAUUCCAAGUUCUGAGAUAUGAUGUUAGCUCUGAUCCUUAGAUGUAAUUUAGUCACACUGACGGACAGAAAUUUACUUGACAUGUAAGCAACACCAAUAAUAGGGUUUUUUUUUAGGCCAAUAGGAUUAGGUGGGAAGAGAAAAACAAGGAAAAAAUAAAAAAGAAAAGAAAAACUCAGACAAAAAAAGAGAGGGGUAAUUGCAUUAUUCUCUUCUUGGGUCCUACAAAAAAUUUUAUAUUACUGCAAAUUCAUUUUAAUCUCACUCCUUUCUCUUCUCUCUUU